AAGACAAAACGGUGAAAUUCCACUCUCCCACUUCCUCAGCCUCAGCCACUGUCACCAAUAGUAAUGAGCAAUAGCAAGCAUUCUUCUUCCUAAGCUUCUUUUCGUUCGCCGCAGCGUUUCCUUUUCCUUUUCCUUUUCUACUCCAACAAGCCAUUCCCUUUUCUCCUUUCUUCUUCUUCUUAUUAUUAUUAUUAUUAAUAAUUAUUAUAGAAACAAAGAAACAAACCCUGACGCAACGAUGAUGCUCCGAAUCCGAAGCCGCGACGGCCUGGAGCGCGUGAGCAUCGAAAACCCUCAGACCGCAACGGUCUCCGACCUGAAGCGGCAAAUCGAAACGCAAUUGGGAAUCCCAAUCGAGAAGCAAACCCUCUCCAGCAACCAGAACCUCCUCCUCGCCAAAUCCCCCCAAGAUCUCCUCCGAUUCACCGACCUCUCCAACCCCGCCGGGCCCCUCUCCGCCCUCCCCCUCGCCCACGGCUCCAUCCUCUUCCUCGCCUACGACGGCGAGCGCCGCGUCCCCGGCCCCGCCUUCAACCCCGCCGGCUCCUUCGGCCGCAAGAUGACCAUGGACGACCUCAUCGCCAAGCAGAUGCGCGUCACGCGCCAGGAGAAUCCCCACUGCCAACUCGUCUCCUUCGACCGCGACUGCGCCAACGCCUUCCAGCACUACGUCAACGACACCCUCGCCUUCGCCGUCAAGCGCGGCGGCUUCAUGUACGGCACCGUCUCCGACGACGGCAAGGUCGAGGUCGACUUCAUCUACGAGCCUCCCCAGCAGGGCUCCGAGGACCUCCUCCUCCUCCUCCGAAACCCCGACGAGGAGAAGCUCGUCGAUGCUAUUGCCGUCGGCUUGGGGAUGCGAAAAGUUGGCUUCAUUUUCACGCAGACCAUUAGCCAGGAUAAGAAAGACUAUACUUUGUCCAAUAGAGAGGUGCUUCAGGCUGCCGAGUAUCAUGCUGAGAGUGGCUUGAAGGAGUGGGUUACUGCGGUGGUUAAGCUUGAGGUCAAUGAGGACAUGGUCGCCGAUGUGCAUUUUGAAGCGUUUCAGAUGAGUGAUGUGUGUGUUAAGUUGUUCAAGGAAGGCUGGUUCGAGACGGAGAUAAAGGAGGAUCAUGAUCCCAAGUUGUCAAAGAUGAAGAAAGACGUCGUUGUUGGAGUUAAGGAUACUAGGGAGGUUGACAAUGAUUUCUUCUUGGUUGUCGUCAAAAUCUUUGAUCAUCAGGGUCCACUUACAUCAACAUUUCCCAUUGAGAACCGAAACACUCAAGUAACUAUGAAGGCGCUGAAGAAUCAUCUUGGACGGACAAAAAAUCUUCCAUUUGUGAAGCGAAUUUCUGAUUUUCAUCUUCUUCUUGUGUUAGCGAGGGUUUUAGACCUGAAUGCUGAUGUUCCUGCAUUGACGGAAUGUGUGCAGACACAGACUCCCGUACCGGAAGGUUACCAGAUCCUCAUUGAGUCUAUGGCAAACACUGCUUGAUGAUGUAUGCAGGUUUUCUGGGCUCAUUUAUAAUGGUGACAUGAGAAUUAUGCACUCUACAUUCAGGUCCUUUGCCGCAACAUGGUGCAUAUUGCCCCCAUAGCACUCACGGAAUGUUUGUAUGUUGGUAAUUUGUACAUUGCUUGUUUAUAGCAUUGCUGCGGAAGAUCUUGGAUCUAUCAUUUUACUGAAAAAGAGCAGAUGUGGUUCACGUUUUAAUGUUUAAAUUAAUUAGAGAUAGCUCCUACCAGUAGUCACUAUUUUAAGUGCGACAAUGUUACAAAUUAUAGUAUGAAAACAGUGUUUUAAAUGCUUGUGUUCAAAGCUCACUGGGGUGGCUUUCCCAGGCACUGGGCGUGUAGCCGAAUGUCAAGCUUGGCUAUGACACUUUAUUAAUACUUAUUCCUCAUAAAGGUGUCAGGGCAUGCAUUGAAGUCUUGUUCAAUUA